ACCCCAUCGGGCUCCCACAUGCUAUGCACGCUUCCCAGCUGGCUCGUCCUCGGUGUUCUGCUGCUCAGCCGUCUUCUCGAAUAUAGGCCGUAGCAAGCAUGCUCGCCGCGUCGGCAUCCCGCCACCCUCCGGAUGCUCCUUGUUUCCCAACCUGUCCAUCCCGAGCCUCGCCCCCGCCCGCUCAGGUGCCGAGUCCGUCACGGCGCUCAAGCGGGUCCUCUGUCGUCUCGGUUUACCACGAGACCGUCGAGUAUCAACCUGGUGGCGACGCCGAUAGGGAGACCGAGGCGCACUCAUCACACGCGGCGUCCCCCCAGUCUGCAACCUCGACUUCCGCCACCAGUGCGCCUGAGGAUGUGUGGAGCUACAGUCAGCCCGUUCCUGGCAGCAAGAAGAAGCUGCUGAUCUACCCAAAGGCUCGAUUCGAAUGGGGCCCGUGGACCGCGUUGCAGUGUGCGGACAGGUUCCGCUUCGUCGCCGAGCAGCUCAGUUCCCUGGUUCACAAGUACCUACGCCUCGACGACUUCGAGAACCGGCCUACCUACAGCCCUCGCAUGGUCGGCACGUGCCCCUCGAAUGCGCGCCUAAGUGUCGUGGUCACCUGCCGCGAUGCGGACUUCAAGAACAUCAGGAAGUUGUUCCGCUCCAGGGCCCUGCAGCCGCUGUGCCUCGACGAGUCAGCCGCCCCGCCCCGACGUCUUCCGUUCAGCCGCAGCGGUCGGGAGAGCGAAGCUUCGGUCCCCCGUCUGCUGCUGGUGUACUACCGAACACGGACCGGCCCGGUCGUCUAGCUGGGAUGAGAUCACAGGUCGUUACGUCAGGACGAGGUGAGACAGGGACCUCGACGGUAACAUAGAGCUUAAUGAUCAAGAUUCCGCCACCGUAGGAGCCUGGGAUUUGUACCCCUCUGGGCCACGGACCAAUCACUCCCUCCACAGAACGAUGAUGAUAUGGCGCAGUCGAC